GACUAGGUUAGAUGCGGAAUAGUUAGCGCCAGCGAUACGGGGUAAAAACGAAUUACAACUGCAACAGAAAGUCAUUGCGACAGUUUCGUGUGAGUGUUGGUUUGUAGCGACGCCGCGAAGUGAAACCCACAAACGUACGUUUGUAAAAAAGUGAAAGCUGUUUGUGAUUUCUUUGCCCGGAAGUGCAAAGCCAAAGCGGAAAUAAAAAUAAAUAAGCAUCARAGUUUGCGCGCUCUUGAAAACGUUUAAUGUUUUAUGCCGUUAUAUUUUUUAGCAUACUUGUUUUACUCUUUCUUCUAUGGGAUGUUAAGAAACCACCGAAAUUUCCACCUGGACCAAAAUGGUAUCCAAUUGUCGGCUGCGCCCUGCAGAUCUCCGAAUUGAGAUUAAAAUGUGGAAUGUUUUGCAAAGUUGUUGACGAACUAGCCAAGUACUAUAUAAAUCCGUAUGGAUUAUAUGGUCUAAAGAUCGGCAGGGACAAAGUUGUGAUCGCAUAUUAUAGCGACACCAUAAACGAGAUGAUGACUAACGAGGAUUUAGAUGGCAAACCCGAUGGUAUAUUCUAUAGAAUGAGAACGUUUAAUUCGAAGAAGGGCAUAUUGGUGACGGACGAGGACUUAUGGGUGGAUCAACGUCGUUUCAUAUUGCGACAUCUUAAAGACUUCGGUUUUUCGCGUGCUGGAAUGGUGAAUAUUAUUCAACACGAAGCCUCGUUUUUGUUGGAAGAAUUGAGGGAAAUCGUUAACGAACAGGGUGGUAAACAAGCCGAAGUCUCCAUGCAUGAUUUGUUCAAAGUAAAUGUAUUAAAUACACUGUGGUCCAUGAUGGCUAGUAAGCGCUACGACCGCAAAAGUGAAGAAAUAACCGAUCUGUUGACCAUGUUUUUUGAACUAUUUCAAAACGUGGACAUGGUAGGGGCGCUGUUCAGUCAUUUCCCCUUUAUUAGGUUUAUCGCACCAAAUUAUUCGGGCUACAAUGCAUUCGUAGAAAGCCAUCAACGGAUUUAUACAUUUUUACGUAGAGAAGUUGAAAAUCACCGCCAAACAUACGGAAACUAUGACAUGCCCCGCGAUUUGAUGGACAGUUAUUUGCGUGAAUUCGACAAUCCCAAACGCGGCGAAUUUUUCAGUGAAGAGCAACUACUAGCUGUGUGCCUCGACAUGUUCUUAGCCGGUUCAGAAACCACCAACAAAAGUUUGGGGUUCGCCUUUUUACAUAUGGUCCGCAAUCCAGAAAUACAAGAAAAGGCUUUUGCAGAGAUAAAGGAAAUGAUUGGCGUCGACCGUUUACCGGAAUGGGGUGAUCGAGUGAAAUUACCAUAUUGUGAAUCUAUCGUUUUGGAGGCUGUACGUAUGUUUAUGGGUAAUACCUUUGGUAUCCCUCAUCGAGCACUGCGUGACACACGGCUGAGCGGCUUUACUAUUCCGAAAGAUACUAUGGUAAUCGCUUGUUUUCGAGGUAUGCUGAUGAAUUCGCAUGAUUUCCCUAACCCAAGUAAAUUUGACCCAGAGCGUUAUUUAAUGGAUGGCAAAUUAAAAAUCCCGGAGGCUUACAAUCCUUUUGGAUUCGGACGACACCGUUGCAUGGGUGACAUACUGGGGAGCAAUGCCUGAUGAUGAGCCCUUAGAUGGGGCAACAGCUGCAGUGAAACCCUUUAGAGCUUCCAUUGUCCCUAGACACCAUGACUAAACCUAUGUUAACACCCUUUACAUGUAUAUAUGUAUAAUAUCAUAUUACAAGUAUGAAUAUCUGAAAUAUAUUUAAACUAAGUAAACUUAUUUUGAGUACGUAUGUUCAUUAUCAGUUUUGAGACGAAUUCAACUCAUUGAAAAGGAGAUAAUAGUUGUGGCAUGCCUUUUCUUUAAAAUUCACUAUAUUUAUAUUUUUUAAAAACAAAAGUUUAAUUUAAAACUUAUUUGAACUAAAAAUAAUGCAGAUUUAAUCUUGAAGAAACUCCAAAUCAUACGAUAUGGCGUUCCCAGAGCACUAAAUUCCACCAUGACCAUACAUAUAUYCGUAUGUACGUAUUUUGAAUAAAAWGAAAAAUGUAAACUCAUUACUUAAUAAAUUAAACAAGUACAAUA